UAUACACGGUUCAGUUAUAUACUAGGUUUCAGUUUUGUUUCCGUUUGAUCAUGCAACUGCUGCUGGCAACCAGCUUUACACAAUGAUUACGUUUGAGAUCAGCGUUGGAUGGCUAGUCAGUCAGCGAUGCAGCAUCUGAUUGGGCGAUAGACUCAACAUAAUUGCAAAGCCUCUGAAACGGAUACGACCGCAGCGGAGCUCCCGGUGGACGGCACAUCCGGGACCUUCACCUCUCAGGUGACAUUUAACCUUUCGGCGUCGAUGCUGGACACGCACCUCAUGAGGUAACGUUGGCUAAUCAGCUAGCGAAUUAAACUAAGUGCAAGGCCUCUCAAACGGAUACAACGCAGCGGAUCCCUCGGUAAACAGCACAUCCGGGACCUACAGCGCUCUGGCGACAUUUAAUCUUCCGACGUCAAUGCUAGAUACCCACGGCAUGAGGCUGAGGAGUACACCAAGUGAAGAGCAUGUCUAAAAGAAGAGCCAGAUUUCGUCCUGAGGCUGAGGCUGCUCAGUUUAUUAUAUCUGGAAGUGACAAGCCUUGUUUAAAGGCCCAGUGGAUCAAUGACUAUAAAGGACGUGGUGUAUUUGCCUGUGCACCAAUUGAAAAGGGAUCCUUUGUGGUCGAGUACCGUGGGGAGUUGAUUUCACAAUAUGAACGGGACAAGCGGCAGAAAAAGUACACAGAGAAGGAAAAUGUUUUCCUGUUUGAUUUUGAAUGGAACAAUAGCUCAUGGUGCAUUGAUGCAUCCCAGGAAGAUGACUCGCUGGGCCGUUUGGUUAAUGAUGGCCACAAGUCCCCAAACUGCAAAAUGAAAAAGUUGACAGUCCAGGGUAAACCUCAUCUUUGCUUGUUUGCCAUUGAAGACAUCCAAGCAGAGAGUGAAAUAACCUAUGACUAUGGAGAAUCUCAAUGGCCAUGGCGAGCUUUGGCACCAAGUGUUCAGAUCCUUACUCAUCCUUCUGCAGACCAGGAACUGAGUGAGAGAUCCACUUCAUCCUUCCAACAAGCACCAAGUGUUCAGAUCCUUACUCAUCCUUCUGCAGACCAGGAACUGAGUGAGAGAUCCACUUCAUCCUUCCAACAAGCACCAAGUGUUCAGAUCCUUACUCAUCCUUCUGCAGACCAGGAACUGAGUGAGAGAUCCACUUCAUCCUUCCAACAAGCACCAAGUGUUCAGAUCCUUGCUCAUCCUUCUGCAGACCAGGAACUGAGUGAGAGAUCCACUUCAUCCUUCCAACAAGCACCAAGUGUUCAGUUCCUUACUCAUCCUUCUGCAGACCAGGAACUGAGUGAGAGAUCCACUUCAUCCUUCCAACAAGCACCAAGUGUUCAGUUCCUUGCUCAUCCUUCUGCAGACCAGGAACUGAGUGAGAGAUCCACUUCAUCCUUCCAACAAGCACCAAGUGUUCAGUUCCUUGCUCAUCCUUCUGCAGACCAGGAACUGAGUGAGAGAUCCACUUCAUCCUUCCAACAAGUCAGCCAGACCACUGGAGGUGUCUCCUCCCACCAGACAGCUACUGUAAAGAAAUUAAGAGCAAGCCGCCAUCUGCAAAAUCUAAAGCGGCAUCAUGAUCGGUGUGAGAAACGUUACGAUGAGGCCAAGAAAUAUAUAUCUGAGAAAGACAGACAGAUGACUUUGAGUCUGUUCACCAGAAUGAAUAAUUCUGUCGAACAGCCCUUAGUCAAUGACGGUGGAUUCCAUGAUGGAACCUCUGCAAGCUUAAGUGACCAGAUCUCUACUGAUGAAUCUGCAGAUUGUACAGAUUAUGAAGAUAUUGACUAUGUUCCAGACUCAAGUGGCAAUUCCUCAGGCGAAAGUGUUCGUAGUAAGGAACUGAGAAUCCAAGAAUCUCUUGCUCCCAAAAAAGUCUUAAAGGACAUGCUAGUGGAGAUAGCUACAACACACAGUGGGGAGAUCACUGGAUCAGAGAGUCCAACAAGUUUUAGUUCGUCACUGAGGAGCAGCAGUCAUAGCAAUUCAGGGAUGAGUUGCAGUGCCAGUUCAUCAGGGAAUACAUCACACAGUAACAGCUCCAUAAAAGUCACUCCAUUGCCAAACUCAGCAAAACAAAGCAAGUACAACAAGAAGCAAUAUUGUCUUUAUUGUAAAAAGGCCAUAUCUAAAUUGGCAAGACACCUUGAAUCCGCCCAUAGUCAACAGCCUGAUGUUGCAAGGGCUUUAGGUUUUGAUAAAAGAUCCCGUGAAAGAAGAGAUAUGUUACGCUCUAUUAAGAAGAUGGGAAACUUUAACCAUAAUGCUACCGUGGCAACCUCUGGUGCUGGAGAAAUGGUUGCUUGUCGAAGACCCACUAAAGCAAGAGAUUCUGAUUGUUAUCGUCAUUGCAAAUUUUGUCAAGGACUAUAUGCAAGAGAUUGCCUUUGGAGACAUGUGAGAAAGUGCCCUCAGAAGUCCACUGAAGGAGAGCCUUCCGCUGGGCGAAAACGGAUGCAACUGGACUUACCGAAACCCGAUCAAUUUCAUGAAGCUGUUUGGAAGAUUGCCUGUGAAAUGAACCAGGAUGACAUUUCCUUGGUAGUAAGGAGUGAAAGAGACAUCCUUAGCCUUGGCGAGUCACUGUACAAUGCCAGGAAACCACAUGAGAGAAGGAAUGAUUACAUACGGCAAAAAAUGAGAGAGAUGGCAAGAUUAUUGAUAACAGCAAGAGCUAUGACACAUUUGAGGAGCACAGAAGACCUUGUUAUGCCCAGUAACUUUCCCCAGGUCAUACAAGCCGUCAGAGCUGUUGCUGGUUAUGAGCUGGAAAGCAACUCGUAUAAAACCCCAUCUUUAGCUUUGAAAUUAGGACACAGUUUGGCCAAAGUUGCAGGCAUUGUGCAGUGCAAUGCCAUCAUUGCAAAUCGCCAUGAUGUUGCAGAGUCAGCUAAGCAAUUUGCCACUCUGUAUGAGAAAAAGUGGAACGAGUCUAUUUCAGCCGCUGCACUGGGUACACUUAAACAAGCCAAAUGGAAUAAACCACAGCUUUUACCAUUUACACAGGAUGUGUCACGGCUGCACAAGUUUCUUGCUACCGAAUCUGCUAAGUGCAUGAAGGACCUGGAGGAAAACCGCAACAGCAUAACCUUUGGAAAUCUUGCGAAAGUGACUUUAACGCAGGUGGUACUAUUUAACAGAAAAAGGCAAGGGGAAGUUUCAAAAAUGGAGCUCCAGGUUUUCACAUCCCGGAAUCGCACAGAGCUUAAUCCUGACAUUAUGAUCGGCCUUACUGAGUUGGAAAAGAAGCUUGCAAGGCACUUUGACAGAGUUGAGAUUCGUGGUAAAGGGUCAAGAAUGGUACCUGUGCUUCUCACACCUGACAUGAUCGCUGCAAUGGACCUCCUCGUGACAAACAGGAAUGACUGUCAAGUCUGCACAGAGAAUGUGUACUUGUUUGCACGCCCAGGUGUCUUUUCCCAUUACAGAGGCUCUGACUGCUUUCGCAAGUAUGCAAAACAAUGUGGUGCAAAGUACCCAGAGGCACUCACCUCAACAAGAUUGCGGAAACAAGUCGCCACUUUGUCCACAGUACUAAACCUUAAAGAAAAUGAAAUGGAUCAACUUGCCACCUUUCUUGGGCACAACAUCCGUGUCCACAGAGAAUUCUACCGGCUUCCAGAGAGUACCCUGCAGCUUGCAAAAGUCAGCAAACUGUUGAUAGCAAUGGAGAAAGGAAAACUGUCUGAUCUGCAAGGGAAAGGGCUGGAUGACAUCGAGAUCAAUCCUGACGAUGAAGUAACCACGAGUGAUGAUGAUUCCAGCGAAGAAACCAUUGCUGACCUACAUCAACUCAAAGGCUCAAGAACUGAGACUUCUGGUGAUCCAAGCCACGCACUUGACUCAACCACCCUGGACAGCAUGGAGGGCACUUCUGCCUCAACCACCUUGGACAACAUGGAGGGCAAUUCUGCCUCAACCACCUUGGACAACAUGGAGGGCACUUCUGUUUCAACCACACUGGACAACAAAAAUGGCAACACUGAACCAAGAAAUGAUUCCCAGCAGAGCACAGCACUUCAAGUGGGUACAUCCAAAGCAUCCUCAAAGUGCUCCAGUGGAAAGCAAGCUGGGAAAGUGAGAAGCAAGUGGACAGGUGAUGAAGUGAAGGCUGUUGAGCAGCACAUGAUGCAUUUCAUAACAAGCUGCAAAGUACCAGGUAAAAGGGACUGUGAGUCCUGCCUCCAAGCAGAGCUGGUUGCUCUGAAAGACAGAGACUGGGUUGCCAUCAAAUACUACAUUCACAACAGAAUCAUAGCAUUAAAAAGGAAGAUGAAUAGAUAGAACUAUGACAUGCAAACUGUGGCUAAGGUACUGUUUUAUAUCAGUUGAACUGAAUUUUAUUUUCAUUCCAUGUUGAUUGUAAAAGAUUGUGCUAAGUUGCUCAGUCCUGCCAAAUGUUAAGAUUAAUGAGGUUUUUUUUUUUUCAAUCCCCCACUCUCUUGGUUUUAUUCACAGUACCUGCCAUGAUUUCUUUUAGAAAAUGAGGUUUAAGAAGAUAGGUUCAUACUCUCACUCUCAGUUUCAACAAGCAAUAGCAGGGUUCUCUCCGGUCUAGUGGCGAACCGUCACAGCGUUCAGCAUUGCGUUGUUCUUACCCAUAAGUUGUUGAAUCUGGUUUUUGAAGUAUUAGACACUUCACUGGAAUGGGAGCUAUGUAAAUUCUGACUUUAUUUGGAAAGGUUAUCUGAAUAUACUGUUUCAUAGAAGCUGUAAGCUUCAAUAGAGGAUUAGAGGAUUAAUUGUGGUUUUUUCAUAGAAAGAUACAAAACUGGUUCAGUUCAAACAGGCCCUGUCUACUGCCUUGUGCCAUGGAGGGAAGGAGGCAAGAUGUCUGUAUUUUAUGUGGUCUGUUCUGUUUCAAUUCACAUAUGUUGCCAGCAAUCAAAAAAUAAAGAAUGGCAGAAAGUGUUCCAUGUUUUUAUUCAAAUGAACAUGCAUACAACAUACUACAAAAUUCAUAAAUGAAAAUACAAUAAUAAGACUUAAAAAGUAGACUGACCAUAUUUUUUGCUAUGUCUCCUUUUAAGUCUCUACAAAGCUCAGUUUUACUGGGUUUUAUUACCAUGUGAAUAUCUGACAUUUCUGUCAGAGGUUACUUGCCUGAUGAGCAUGACUAUUGUACACCUGUGUCUACGAUAUAAAAAAUAGCAAUCAUACUCUUUCCUUGUCUUUAUAAGUCAUGUGUACAUGAAAAUUUUGUGUGUAUCCGUGGGUUUCACAAUUCACCUAAACAUGAAAUAUCAGUGUGUGAUGUUUUUGCACCUAUAAGUCACAUAAACCUGACAGUGUCCUCACAAGUAGCAUUAAAAUCAGGUUUGACCAAAAGAUAGUCCUAGCCAAAAUCUCAACAGAUGGGCAUAUUCCUGGAAGCAUGGGGAAGAAACACCUUGAUUCCCCAGCCUCUAGGACCUUGGGAAAGGCACGUUCCCAUUUUUCAC